UGUGAAACAGCUGGAUGAGUCUUUCAGUCAAGGAAACAAACCAGACAAAGUACAAGAAGAGCUGAACUAUGUAGCCGAGCACAGGAGCCUUUCAGUUUGAAAGUAGUUUGUAAAACCCAUAGUAGCUAAAAGUGUCCUCCCGGACAUGGAUUAUCUGGUCACCCUAUUGAUCCCCCACCUGUACUGUUGGCUCCCAGGUGAGUCUCCAUCCCCCUACAGAGAGGCACCCUUGUCCCAGGGGCUGUCGCAUGUGUCCUCCUCUGGAGAGACCAGACGGGAGGGCGUGAGUGAGGAAAUGAUGGAUAGGGAGGGACAGACUGAGAGAGUCACAAGGGCUCUGUCUGCCUGUAGGGGCAGUCAGGCUUGGCUGAAUGACGGAGAGAGAGGGAGGGAGAGAAAGGAAGAUCCUGAUGUGAAAAUUCCUGUUGGCCUCGGCCUGUUUUGUACAGUGACUCACCACGGUUUGUGUGCUGGGGCUUCCUCAGCACAGGCUACAGCAUGAGUCUCACACAUUUACCCGUCUCUCUGCCACACACUCUCCAUGUUGGCCUCCUCCUUCCCCCCCUUUCUCCUGCAUGCCCUCCGCUCUCCCUCCUGUCCUGCCCCUCUCUCCCAGGUAGGGACAAUGCGUGCGAGAAGACCUCCUACAUGUUCCUGCGCAAAGAGCUGGCCGUACGGCUGGCCAACACCAUGCGGGAGGUCAACCUGCUGCCUGACAAGCUGCUGAGCCAGCCAUCCGUCAAGCUGGUGCAGAAAUGGUACAUGCAGAGCUUUCUGGAGUUGCUGGACUUUGAGGACCACAGCCCAGACAAUGCUCGCACCCUGCAGGACUUCCUGGACGUCCUGAUCGAGAUCCGGAACCGGCACAAUGAUGUGGUGCCCACCAUGGCCCAAGGUGUGAUCGAGUACAAGGAGAAGUUCGGCUUCGACCCGUUCAUCAGCACCAACACCCAGUACUUCCUGGACCGCUUCUACACCAGCCGUGUCUCCUUCCGCAUGCUGAUCAACCAACACACUCUCCUAUUCGGUAAUGACACCAACCCUGCCCACCCUAAACACAUCGGCAGUAUCGACCCCACCUGUAACGUGGCCGAGGUGGUUACAGAUGCCUAUGAGACAGCCAGGAUGCUGUGUGAGCAGUAUUACAUGGGGGCUCCUGAGCUGAAGGUCGAGGAGUUCAAUGCCAAAGCACCCAAGAAGCCCAUCCAAGUGGUGUAUGUCCCAUCUCACCUGUUCCACAUGCUCUUUGAGCUCUUUAAGAACUCAAUGAGGGCCACGGUUGAGUUUCAUGAGGGCUCUGCAGAAGGGUUUCCCCCAGUGAAGGCGCUCGUCACCCUGGGGAAGGAGGACCUCUCCAUAAAGAUUAGCGACAUGGGUGGCGGAGUGCCCUUGAGGAAGAUCGACCGCCUCUUCAACUACAUGUACUCGACAGCGCCCUCCCCCAGCUUGCAGCCGUCGCGCGCCACACCGCUGGCAGGUUUCGGGUACGGGCUCCCCAUCUCCCGGCUCUACGCUCGCUACUUCCAGGGCGACCUGAAUCUGUACUCCAUGGAGGGCGUGGGCACAGACGCUGUCAUUUAUCUGAAGGCUCUGUCCAGCGAGUCGUUUGAGCGCCUGCCCGUCUUUAACAAGUCAGCAUGGCGGCACUACCAGACGGGCCCUGAGGCAGAUGACUGGAGCAACCCCAGCCGCGAGCCACGCGACGCCUCCAAGUACAAAGCCAACCGAUAGGACCCCCAUCCCCGCCUGGAACACAUCACCACUGCAGCUCCCCACGUCUGACCCCUGCCCCCUCCCUCACAGGGGUGACAGCUCCUCUGGCGCUCCUAAAGGGCCCCGUCGUCCGAGAUGGAAGUGGGCCCCCAUUGCUGUAAUUGUGGGGGGGCGGGUAUGGGGGAACGCCUUUGCACUGCUUGUGUGUUUUUAUUUUAUUUGUGCUGUCCUGAAAUUCACAGAUAUAUUGGAAUAGUUUGCAAAUGUUUAUACCGUGACCUUGAAAGAGGUUUAUGUUUAGUAUGUAAUAUAUAGAUAAAAUGAAAAAAUGCACACAUGUAUUUCUGUAAAUAUGGUUUGUAGUAUGAAAGAGACAGAGGAUCUUGCCUGGUACAGUAAGUGAGGGCACUCUGUCUCAUGCACUGACACGUGAAACCUGUGUAGUAGUGCUGCUGAUAAUUUAUUUCCUGGCGGAUUCUGGGAACGGGCGUGUUUCGGGUCAAGGUCAUGUGGUCUCGCCUGUACUCACUGCUGAUGCCUUUAAACCUGAUGAGUAGUGUUACCGUGGUUACAGCUGCAGCCCAGCCGUGAGUAGAUGACCCCCCUCUCCAUCUACCACGAGAUUACCUGGCAGCUUUUUCACAUCGAAAUGCAUGAGUCACAUUUUACAGGAGAGGUUUGAGGAGCAUCUCCAAUCAGUGGUCUUGACUGGUCCCGGCGCUGCUGCAUUUACCUGUCUUUGAUCCAGCUGCAUUCUGCCAUUCUGCUGUAAUUGGGCUGUUCUCUGAAUGCACUAUGUAGCCACAGUACACCAGUGUUUCCCUAAUCACUUUAGGCUGUGUAGUCGACCUAAAGCUGAAUCAAGUACAUUUAAGCAAAUACUGUGUUUCUUGCAUUUCAUUGUUUGUGGCAAAAUGGAAUAAAAUUUAGUAGGAUUCCAUUUUAUUAUGAAA